GCUGGAACCUGCACCGGCGAGGACCAAGUCCAGACCUGAAAGGGCGAUCGACUGUCGAUACAUCCCAAGUCACCCCGCCAUUUUCGCGAUACACUCCUUCCGAUCUAACCAACGGAGCAUGUGUUUGGCUGGCCUCCAAUAUCUCGAUUGUCCAGGCACCUUCAUCUUCACUCUUCCCCCACUCCAUCACCAUUUCCUUCUCGUCCCCUGUCCCUAGCCUUUCAUAUUAAUAAGCCUGGCUUUUUUUGUCACUCUGCCCCCCCAAAACAAAAUCCGAUCCAUCCCCAUCACAUCCCAUGAUACCGUUUGGCUCAAUAUUUACCCAUGUCUACUAGACUUACGAGGUCCGCCGCCCGUCAAGCUGCGAGCCAGGCAGCCAACUUGAACAACUCGACUUCGACUGCUUCUGCUGCUGCUGCUGCUGCUCAACCCGCCACUGGUGGAACGACUUCCCUCGCCGCGGAAGCUUCCUCUGCUCCACCUGCCGCCGCUCAGACCCUGGCUCGGUCCUCAAGUGCUAAGAAACGCAAGACCACCGCGGCUGCAGAAGCUAACAGCCAUCCCGAGACCGCUGCGGAGUUCCCAUCCUCGGCCAGACGCUCGAAGCGACAGCGAGUGACGCAACCCGCUUCUCAAUCUUCAUCUUCCAUUACCCAUCCAGCCCAGCCUGCCGCCGCCCCAAGUUCCGCCGCAUCCUCAACGACCAAGAAGACAGCCACCACACGCCGUAAGAAAGGCAAGGCGCUAGCUACCUCUACAAUGUCGAGCCCAGAGAAUUCGGCCGUUCCUCCUAACCCCCCGACAAACCCUUCUUCGGCAUCAACAAGCCGUAGGUCGAGCCGUCACAAAAAGGAUGCACAAGGUGAGCAAGGUGUGUCUGAUAUGUCCGAUGUUACCCUUCCGCCCAUGCACAUUCACUCAACCAAUCCAGCAUCAGCAUCAGCCUCGAGCCGAAAAUCAAAACGAAAUGCCAAAUCUUCAUCUGCAGACCAAGAUGUGGUCAUGACCGGGACCGAUGAGCACGAAAAGGACCCUACGCCACCUCCUCCGCCACCCCCCCCUCCAAAGGAGAGUCCUCCCACCGAUAGUGACGAGCACGACGAGGAUGAUGAAGACGACGAUGACCACCAUCGUUACGACGACGAUGAUGACGAUGAAGAUGACGAUCCCUUCACUGGUUUUGGUGGUCACGGGCGUCAUCCCCACAGUCUUCAGGAUACGCUGAGACAUCUGAGUGGGAUUAUGUCGGGAGUCUCGGCUCAGGUGCGGAAAAUAAUGGCAGAUCUGAAGCGGAAGGACGACCCGUCAUUGCAACUUAUGGCCCUGCAUGAACUAUCCACCCUUCUGCUCAUGACAAACGAAGACCAACUGAGCGGGCAUCUCCAACCCGACCAGGUUGUGCCCGAACUGGUAGCGCUGAUGAGACCUAACGAAUUAACUGGAGAGGAGAACCCUGAAAUCCAACUUGUCGCCUGUCGUUGCCUCGCAAACCUGAUGGAGGCCCUGCCGGGAAGCACGUCGGCCUUGGUGUAUGGGGGCGCCGUCCAUAUUCUGUGCGAGAAACUGCUACAGAUCUCCUUCAUCGACCUAGCCGAGCAAGCACUUAGCACUUUGGAAAAAAUUUCUGUGGAAUAUCCCACAAGCGUCAUGCGCGAAGGCGGCUUGACUGCCUGCCUGACUUAUUUGGACUUUUUCGCAACCAGCACGCAACGCUCCGCUGUUACCACGGCUGCGAACUGCUGCCGCAACAUACCGGAAGAUUCCUUUCCGGAAAUUUUGGGUGUCAUGCCCAUCCUGUUGAACGUGCUUGGGAGUAGCGAUCAGCGCAUCGUUGAGCAGGCCUCGUUAUGUGUCUCGCGCAUUGCCGAGAGUUUUAAAUACCACCCGACAAAGUUGGAAGAGCUUAUGAGUGUGGAUUUGCUCAAGGCCAUUCUCCGUUUGCUACUUCCAGGCUCCACUAACCUGAUCAGCCCGCACAUUCACACUCAGUUCCUACGGGUUCUUGCGCUCACGGCAAUGGCGAGUCCCCGUCUGUCGGCUGAACUCUUCAAGCUCAAUGUAGUGGAGACGCUUUAUCAGAUCCUUACGGGCGUGUCCCCGCCGAGUGGGAACGACGACCUUGCUUCCAAGCUUGAUAGUGUGCUUAUAAUGCAGGCUCUGAUUCAUAGACCUCGCGACCAGAUCAUUGAGACACUCAACGUCAUUUGCGAACUUCUGCCUAGUGUGCCAUUGCGCGACCCUUCGUCGAUCAAUUACACCGUGGAAUUGGGCACAUUUGCAGGUCCUAUGGGUGGAUCUGGGGAGAGCACGAGGAGAAGGACUGCGAACGAAAAACGUAUCGAACACAUGGAGGGCUGCAAGGAGGAGGUUCGGAGAUUCGCCCUGAUUUUAUUCCCAACCCUCACGGAUGCCUUUUCAAGCACCGUCAAUCUCACUGUCCGUCAAAAGGUCUUGGCCGCUCAGCUCAAAAUGCUCUCCAACUUGGACCAGGACAUCUUGUCUGAGGCACUCAGAUCAGUCCCAUAUGCUUCCUUUCUGGCCUCCAUUUUGUCCCAGCAAGACCAUCCUCUGUUGGUUGGGCUGGCAUUACAGGCCACUGAGUUGCUCAUGAGUCGCUUGGAUACAGUCUAUCGCUACCAGCUUUACCGUGAAGGCGUGAUUGGCGAAAUCACCAAGCUGGCAGCUGAUGCGCCUGAGCCAAAGAGAAAACACUCUCUUACCGAGCAAGAGGUCAAGGAGGAAACCAGUGUCUCUGGUCGUCCCUCUGCACCUAACCAAGGUGUCGCCGACAAAGAACACCCAAAAACCUUGGAAGAGGACGAAGCAGAUGACGAGGAUGUUGAACACUCCGAACAUGAAUCUGGGGCUGAAGAGGGCGGUGAAGAACUCGAUGAAGAUGAGCCGGAAGAUACAGAGAACGAUGAGAACGACGAGAACGAUGAUGGAAAUGAGAACGAGGUCAAGGACGACGAUCAAUCACCCGUCAGCUCCGAAGGAGAGACCAUGUCACUGGACGGACCCCCGCGAUACCUUUCGGAUUUCCCCACAAACACGUACAAGUCGAGCAUCCGGCAGGCUGCAAAGAAGUUCUUGGAGCUGUAUGAGACCGAAAAGCAGGGCAAAGCCAUGAAGAAAAAGGCCAGCAAGAUUCUAGCCAGCCUAUCAGAUCUUGCAACCGAGAUCGAAGAGUUUUAUCUCUGCCGUAAACCGGGUGGCCCGGUCAUGGAGCACGGAACAUCUCUUUUUCAAAAGCUGGUCUCGUAUUUCGAUACAGACGUCCUGGAGAGCGUAACCAGUGCGGAACUCCUUGGCUCUGGUGUUGUUCGUGUCUUGGAACAGGUUUUCAGCAACCCCGACGAGGAGAUGGCAGCUGCAGCACAAAAUGCGUUCUUGCAGGUGUUCAUGGGAUACAGUGUCAAGUCGAAGCCCAAGACAGCCACCGCAGACUCACCCGCAACACCUUUCAGUGUCUUGAUCCACAAGUUGCAAGAUUUACUGAGCAGGUCUGAGCAUUUUGAGGUUAUCACAGCUCACCACAACUCAUUCGACGGGAGCCGUAGCACGGCAGCGUCAAUGUUGGCUAAGCAGAUACGCCUCAAGCUUGUGGCCGAUGAAGAUUCAGAUAUCCCCCGGUCUUACCGUAACAUCAUGGUGUCAAUUCAUGCUAUCACGACCUUCAAGUCACUGGACGAUUAUUUGCGCCCCAGGAUUAGCUUGUCGGAUCGUCCUCAUGGAGCCUCUAGGCGAGAUGCUGUGACUAGAGCUUUGGCUGCCAUGGGUGCCUCGGGCUUUAUGGGGGCGGCAGCAGCGGCAGCCCGUCUCGCGGAGAGAGGAUUGCCACCCUCCAGCCGAUCAACCCCUGCACCGCCGCCGGCGGCUGCCCCUGCUCAAGCAUCUGGUUCGCGGUCUUCACGCAAGCACAAAUCCAAGUCCCAACCUACUACCGAAACUCCGACGACGCCAGACGCCUCUACAUCCAAGGAAAAGGGUGGCUUGCGACGCUCCGCUCGUAAGCAAGCUGCAUCUGAUAGCUCUCUCCCACGUCAACCUCCGGAGGAGGACGACCUUGAAAAUGCGCUUGAAUGUGCCGACGAAAGGCAGUUGUCGGAUGAUGAAGACGAGGCAGCCGAUAGUAGCGAUCUCAACGUACUGCGUGAUUUAGAUGAAGGCAUGGACGAUGCUCCCACCCCCGACCCGACAGCUGUGAACAUGGAAGUGGCCGCCGGCGGCAGGAUUACCGCGCGCAAGGAGGACGGGACCAGAGUUGCCACUCCGGGCCAAGGCAAGCCUGCACCGCCCCCACAGAACCGAACAAGCGCCCUGACGGCGGGAUUGCAAAACACUCCCACGCCUCAGGCCGCGUCGAGGCCUAUGUCAUAUUCUGGAGCUCUUCAAGCUGUUCCUCAGGAUUGGCACAUAGAGUUCAGCGUCGACGGCAAGGUCAUUCCUAAUGAGACUACGAUCUACCGAGCCGUCCAUAGCUCUAGCCUCACCGCCGAUGAGCACGUUACCAGAAGUAUAUGGUCCGCCGUCCAUCCGAUCAAGUUUAGACGUGUUCCUGGCCCGCCUCCCCCCGAACCCGUUGGCUUUAGCCCAUCCUCUGACGUCGGGGUUGAGGCGGAUGAGAACGGCACUCCCGGGUCCUUGGCAAAGCAUCCCAUCACUCUGUCAAUUCUUCGUUUGCUAAAGCGACUCCAUGAUCUGAACGCCAAUAUCGACGAAGUCCUAGUCGAGAAUAGGGAAACCCUAAAAUUGAAUGUUGAGCCUUUGUCUCAGUUCGUCAACACUAAACUGACCGCAAAGCUGAACCGUCAGCUGGAGGAGCCUCUCAUUGUAGCGAGCAACUGCUUGCCCAGCUGGAGCGAGGAUCUAGCAAGGCUCUACCCCUUCCUGUUCCCCUUUGAAACUCGCCACCUCUUCCUUCAAUCUACCUCAUUUGGUUACGCCCGAUCAAUGGCACGCUGGAACGCGCAGUCUCAGGAGGAGCGCCGAAACGGCCGAGAUGAUCGGCCGUACUUGGGACGGCUGCAGCGCCAAAAGGUCAGGAUUUCUCGGUCUAAAAUUCUUGAAUCGGCAGUCAAGGUCAUGGAGUUGUACGGCGCUUCGCAAAGCAUCCUGGAGGUCGAAUAUUUUGAAGAGGUGGGAACCGGAUUAGGUCCCACUCUUGAGUUCUACUCGACCGUUUCCAAGGAGUUCUCCAAGAGGAAGCUCAAGCUUUGGCGGGAUAACGAGCUCAAUGGGGAUGAUGAUUUCGUCUCUGGACCUACUGGGCUGUUCCCCCGGCCGCUGAGCGAUGAAUUUGCUAGCUCGGAAGAAGGAGAAAAGAUCCUGCAGCUCUUCAAGGUGCUGGGCAAGUUUGUCGCCCGAUCAAUGAUUGAUUCGCGCAUUAUUGAUAUCAACUUCAAUCCCCUGUUUUUCCGCGUGGGCGACUCGACUGCCACACGGCCUACGCUUGCAACCAUCAAAUCGGUAGACCCGGUCGUGGCUAGGUCGCUGAUGACGAUCAAGAAGUUUUCGCUGGCCAAGAAGGAGAUUGACGAAGAUCCAAACCGGAGUGCCGUUCAGAAGGUGGCGGACACGGAAAACAUCACGGUUGAUAACUUCAAGAUUGAUGACCUUUACCUCGAUUUCACCCUUCCCGGCUACCCGGAAGUUGAACUUGUUUCAAACGGAUCCCAGACGCGGCUCACCAUUGAGAAUGUGGAUCUUUACUUGGAGAAGGUGAUUGAUAUGACGUUGGGUAGUGGUGUCCGUCGCCAGAUCGAAGCUUUCCGCAGUGGAUUUUCCCAGGUGUUCCCCUAUUCGGCCCUGAGUUCUUUCACGCCUGAUGAGUUGUGCACCCUUUUCGGACGGGUAGAUGAGGAUUGGUCGCUGGAGACCCUCAACGACUCAAUCAAGGCGGAUCACGGAUACAACAUGGAUAGCAAGAGCGUUAGGAAUCUCUUGCAGAUCAUGAGUGAGCUCACGCUAGCAGAGCGCCGUGAUUUCCUUCAGUUCACAACCGGAAGCCCGAAGCUUCCUAUCGGAGGCUUCAAGAGCUUGAACCCCAUGUUCACGGUUGUGUGCAAGCCCAGCGAGGCACCUUAUACCUCGGACGACUACCUGCCAAGCGUGAUGACGUGCGUCAACUACCUCAAACUUCCCGACUACUCGGACAUUGGCGUUUUGAAGAAGCAGCUCUUCACUGCCAUGAAGGAAGGACAAGGAGCAUUCCAUUUGUCGUAAAAGGGGAAAACAAUGAGAGCAGGUGGACAUUCGCCUUUAGCUUGGAUGAGCAGUAGGUAUUUGGCCCGCUGCUAGUUUCACCUAACAUGUGCCUGUGAAGAUAUACGGUUUUGGGAAGUGUUUUACUCUCGUACCACUCCCCUCUGCUGUACCUGCCUUUGUUCUUUUUCACUCAAUUAACGCGGGUCAGGGAA